GGAGGAUGGAGGCGGUAUCGUCCGCUGCGACGGUUGGGGCUGCGCGUGAGACGGUGGCUGUGUGAGCAUCCGAGCUGUGUGCAGGCCGGCGGGGCCUGACCAUGGCGAGAGACCCUCUCCGCUGGGCUCCCUGAGGUGUGCUCCCUGAAGUCCCGGGGAGCCGUCGCCCAUGGGCUCGCUGAGCAGCCGAGUGCUGCGCCACCGGGAGCGAACCCGAGCCCAGCCGGAGCCGAGUUCCGGGGCGGUGGGCUCGGCCGGUGGGCCCAGGACAGGCGGCGACGCACCCGGCCACGGCUUCUGUUACUGCCCGGGCAGCCUCAAGCGCAAGCGGAGCAGCGGGGCCUUCUGCUACUGUCACCCCGACUCCGAGACGGACGAGGAUGAGGAGGAAGGGGACGAGCAGCAGCGGCUCCUCAACACCCCUCGAAGGAAAAAAUUAAAAAGUACAUCCAAAUAUAUUUAUCAGACCUUGUUUUUGAAUGGUGAAAAUAGUGACAUUAAGAUUUGUGCUCUAGGAGAAGAAUGGAGCUUACACAAAAUAUAUUUAUGUCAAUCUGGCUACUUUUCUAGUAUGUUCAGUGGUUCUUGGAAAGAAUCCAGCAUGAAUAUUAUUGAACUGGAGAUUCCUGACCAGAAUAUUGAUAUAGAAGCUCUGCAGGUUGCAUUUGGUUCACUGUAUCGAGAUGACGUCUUAAUAAAGCCCAGUCGAGUUAUUGCCAUUCUGGCAGCAGCUUGUAUGCUGCAGUUGGAUGGUUUAAUACAGCAGUGUGGUGAGACAAUGAAGGAAACAAUUAAUGUGAAAACUGUAUGUGGCUAUUACACAUCAGCAGGGACCUAUGGAUUAGAUUCUGUAAAGAAAAAGUGCCUUGAAUGGCUUCUAAACAACUUGAUGACUCACCAGAAUGUUGAACUUCUUAGAGAACUCAGUAUAAACGUCAUGAAACAGCUCAUCGGUUCAUCUAACUUAUUUGUGAUGCAAGUGGAGAUGGAUGUAUAUACAGCUCUUAAAAAGUGGAUGUUCCUUCAACUUGUGCCUUCUUGGAAUGGAUCUUUAAAACAGCUUUUGACUGAAACAGAUGUGUGGCUUUCUAAGCGGAGAAAAGAUUUUGAAGGUAUAGCCUUCCUUGAAACUGAGCAAGGGAAACCAUUUGUGUCAGUAUUCAGACAUUUAAGGUUACAGUAUAUUAUUAGUGAUCUGGCCUCCGCAAGAAUUAUCGAACAAGAUGCUCUAGUACCUUCAGAAUGGCUGUCUUCUGUGUAUAAACAGCAAUGGUUUGCGAUGCUCCGGGCAGAGCAGGACAGUGAGGUGGGGCCUCAAGAAAUCAAUAAAGAAGAACUAGAGGGACAUAGCAUGAGGUGUGGAAGAAAGCUUGCCAAAGAUGGUGAAUACUGCUGGCGGUGGACAGGUUUUAACUUUGGCUUUGACCUACUUGUAACUUACACCAAUCGAUACAUCAUUUUCAAACGCAACACACUGAAUCAGCCAUGUAGCGGAUCUGUCAGUUUACAGCCUCGAAGGAGCAUAGCAUUUAGAUUGCGUUUGGCCUCUUUUGAUAGUAGUGGAAAACUAAUAUGUAGUAGAACAACUGGAUAUCAAAUACUUACACUUGAGAAGGACCAGGAACAAGUGGUGAUGAACUUGGACAGCAGACUUCUGAUCUUUCCUUUAUAUAUCUGCUGCAACUUCCUGUAUAUAUCACCAGAAAAGAGAACUGAAAAUAAUCGUCACGCAGAAAAUGCAGAACACUAAGGAUGUCAUCGGUUGGAACCAGUAGCACUUUGAAAACUUUUGAGGCCAGCUUUAAUUUAAUGGUUGUACUGAUAAUCACAUCUAUGGAGACUAAUGAUGACAAAGGCCUUAUGAACUGUAACAGAUAGUACAGAAGACUAUUCUUACCCUCAUUACAUUUCUACGCACAUACAAAAAAACAUUUUAAAGCCAAGAAAAUAUCUUUCAAACCAUUUGUUAUGAAGAUGUUGACUCAUAUUUUUGAUUUAGCAUCAGUAGAAAAUUGUUAUAAUUCCACAUUUCUCUGCAACCAAAUACAAACUUAAUUUUUAGCUUAAACUUUGACCCUUACCUAAUGUUAGUGAACCUCAGUUAUCCAUCUAUAAAUUUAUUUUUAUUUGGCUCAAAGAAUGUUAAACGAAUCAUUUGAAUGGCCAGUUACAGAUGUUCUUUCAAUUUGUACAUUGAUGUUCUGUACAAUUUUAUUAGGUCAUGAAUUAUUUAUGUACCAGAUAUUAAAACACUUUAAAUAUUUUCAUAUUCUCUGAUCUUUAGAAUUAUUUAUGUUCAGAUUUUAUUUGAGAAUCCUAUUUCCUACUUCACCUCAGGACUUUCUAACCUCUGAAUUGAGUGCCUUUUGAGUUACACAUUCUGAUAGAAAUUUCACAGUAAAUGUAAAUAAGGUUGGAGGGUCUAAUAUAGAAGCUGGGUAAUAAGGCAUUAAUGUAAAAAACAACUUAUUCUAUUCAAAAAUGAGAUGCACACGUGUCAUGAUUUAUAUAUGUUGGCUUGUGUUUACUGCUGUUCUGAAAAUAGUCAUGCUCGUUUUCCUUUCAGUCAGGAUAAGUACUUUUUGUGGCUAAUGUGUAUUUUUAGUAUGUUGAAGAGAAAUGCGAAUCAUUUUUAUAUAUCUGUACAAAUAAGACUUUGGAAAAAAUAAACUCAAAAUGGACAAAAAAAUCGCAGAGGAAUAGAUUAUCAGAAUUUUUUUCUUUCUAGUUAGAUUUUUUUUUCCAAUUAAACUUUUGGAAUUUGUGGAUAGUUUUCCUCCUCCAGUAAUAUAUCCACAGGCCCAUAAAUUACUUCUGUCCUUUCCAAAUUCACCCUCUUAGAUUAAGUUAAAGGAACCUUUCAAAUGCCUCUUCCAACUUUACCCCAUAGACCUGUAAUUUAAAUGGUUCUAAUAAAAUGAUAUGGCUAUACCAAGAGGCUUUCUUAUUUUUAUAUUUGACUACAGUUAGAUCUCUCAUGAGAUGCUGUCAUUGUCUAUCAUCACAGCAUCAGAGGUUCUUUACCCUAUAUAUAUAAACCUGUAUAUAAAUACCAAACUUAUGGUAAAUUGAAUUAUUUGAAUAAUUUUUACAAAUAUUGGGAGUAAAGAUAAAAUAGGGCUGUAUUAAUAAGUUGGGGCCUUGGUAGUACAGUGGUUAAGCAUUUGGCUGUUAACCAAAAGUCAGUAGUUCAAAUCUACCAGCCACUCUUUGAAACCCUAUGGGGCAGUUCUGCUCUGUCCUACAGGAUCGCUAUGAGUCGGAACUGACAGCAGUGGGUUUGAAUGAGUUAAACUAUUUGAUUUCACUUAUAUAAAUUAACUAACCUAAUUGGAAUUACAUAUGGUUCCUAUCCACUGGUUCUUUCGUGGCCAAGUUGAUUAUGUCAUCCAUAGACAGGAUAAUUAUUUUCUUAACUCACAAACAGGGAUGUUCUCAUCUGAGAAAUGGAUAAUUGUCAUUUAGCAUUUCCAAUUAUAGGAGAAACGUGCUUUUGUUUUCUUACCAAAUACUUUAUGUAUUUGCAAACUUUUGGCUUUUUUCCGUAGGAAUAUUUUCACUUUAAAUAUUACCCGCUUGAAGUAUCAUUAUACAAGCUCUCAAAUAUGAAAGCUUUUGUUUUUGCACAGCUCUUAACUUAUAUCCUCUCUUGGUCUUUUUAUUUUUAACUGCUAGGACUAGAAAACAGUAUUUCCCCAUUAAAAAUUAUUUUUGUUUUUCUAUUAGUAAAGAAGAGGUCCAGAGUCUUGCCUCAGGCUGGGUUCUCUAGAGAAGCAAAACCAGUGGUGCGCGUGCACAUGCAUGCAUGCGUGUAUGUACACGUACACACACACAGAUUUAUAUCAAGGAAAUGGCUCACAAUGGAUGGUUGUAGAGGCUGGAAAGUUCCAAGUCUGUGGGUCAGGCAUCAGGCUGAAGACUUCUGACUCAUGUAGCUGCAGGGGCUGAUGAACCCAAGAUCAAGCAGGUCAGAUGGCUGCUGGCUUACGGGCUGUGGAGGCUGAUGAAUCCAAGAACUGGAGGUCAGAUGAUGUGGAGCCGAAGGCAGAGUCCACAGCAGAGCAAAAACCAGCGAGCUUUGCCAGAAAGUUCAUAUAUACUGGAUACAGGCCAUACCCCCAAGGAAACUCCCUUUCCACUGAUUCGCUGCCCAUAACAGAUCUCGUCAUAGAGGUAAUUAAAUUUUAUCAGAUCUCAUCUUGUAGGUGAUUACAUCAUUAUAAAACUGCCAAACCACUGAGAAUCAUGGCCCAGCCACGUUGACACACAACCAUCACAAGUCAUGCUAAAUUAUUAAGAGAGAUGAAUGUACCUUUUUUUUUUUUUAAAUGGAUUUGGCUUGAAAUGUAAGAUUAAAUUAAUAGUAGUAACCACUAGCUUUUUUUAAUCUAAUGUUUAGCACCUAACAUUUUAUCACAUUUCAAGUUUUUCAGUGAGGUUACCAUCAUAUGAACAGUUUUCAACAUCAAAUGCAAAAAUAGGGUUACCAAGAGUCACUGUGGCUAUUAAAAAUAAAUGAAAAUUCACUUCCCUCAGCCUGCACUAGCCACAUUUUAAGUGCUACCAUAUUGAACACUGCAGAUAUAAAAUAUUUCCAUCAUUGCAGAAAGUUCUAUCGGACAGCGUUGGUCUAGAUCAUUGGACUGUUAAUAUUGAAACUAUGUCAAAAGUUACAUUCCCUUAAAUAUGAACCCAUGUGAAAAACAGAAAAGAUAACAGUCACUUGUGCAAAUGGCAAGCACAGGUGACUUGUCAACCAAUCUGAAAGGAUAAGCCUGAGUGAUAAUUUCAUGCAACAUGGACCCAAUCACCAGCUGCUUAAAAACAGAGGCAUUGAAAACAGGGGAGGAGGGCAUAGAACAGUUCCCUCCCCAACCUGAGAAUGUUUUUCCCAAGGUAGAGGGGUAUAAAGCACAGAAAGCCUCAACUAGCAUCAAUCACUGUUAACUAAUGACUGACUACAUCGAAUUAGGGAGACAACCAACCCAACAGUAUGCAUCCAUCUGUAAUGAUAAAGUAGAAUACUUCUGAAACCAAAGAUUGGUGAUUUUAUAUGAAAUAGGACAAGUAAAGAUAAAAUCUAAGGCUAGAAAUAGUACAUUUCCCUGAAGAGAAUCACAGAUGGUUAAUGUUGGUCUUGUGUAAGAUAUAUAUGGUAAAACCCACAAAACCAGAACCUGCAUAAGGUGGGAAAACUGUCAGAGAAGGAAACUCAAAUGUUUUCCACUAAAGGAGAGAGAGAAAAGUCCUGUCAAAGGCAGAAAACUUGUGAGACCCCAGAAAACAAGGCAGCCCCGUUGAGUUCCAGUUCUUA